AGGAGGAGGAGAGGGAAGAUUCGGCGGCAGCAAAUCAAGAUGGGCGAGAUCGUCUUCUUCGAUGUGGAGACCACAGCUCCGGCCGGCGAAGGGCGGAGGCUUCAGCUGCUGGAGUUCGGAGCGAUGCUGGUGUGCCCAAGAAAGCUGACGGAGGUAGAGAGCUACUGCACGCUGAUAAGGCCAGCAGACCUGUCUGCGGUGGCAACCAAGCGAUGCAGCGGCAUCACCCGCGAGGCUGUCGCCGCCGCUCCCACGUUCGAAGAGGUCGCCGACCGGAUAUUUGGGAUUCUGAAUGGUAGGGUUUGGGCAGGGCAUAACAUCCAAAGAUUUGAUUGCCAUCGGAUCAAGGAGGCUUUCGCCGACAUCGGUCGACCUCCUCCGGAGCCUAAAGGCCUGAUCGAUUCCUUGGCCAUCUUAACGCAUGGGUUUGGCAGGAGAGCAGGUGAUCUCAAGAUGGCAACCUUGGCUUCUUACUUUGGGCUCGGCCAGCAAAAACACAGAAGUCUUGAUGAUGUUCGAAUGAACCUCGAGGUCUUCAAGAAUUGCGCAACAGUGUUGCUUUUGGAAUCCAGCCUCCCGCAAGUGUUUCCUAACAAGAGCCUGGGAAAUCUCGGCAUGGUGACAAGAAGCAGAGCUAAUGGGAGGUCAUGCGGCGUCGAAGCCUGCCGGAAAUCUCCUCAACCUGCUUCCCCUGUAAUCCAUAGAGCAUCUCCUUACAAGAAGGAUAACAUAAGAAAGGUGAUGGAGAGAGCAAAGGAGGCAUUGAGCAGUGCUCGUGGAGCCGCGCCUCUCAACACCCUCCUUAGACACUCGAGGAGUCUGCUGAGAUGAGGAACAUGGUGGAGGGAGAUGAUCCUUUAUUACCAGCUAAGGAAGAAAAGAGAGCUAAUGGCGAAGGACUGAAUUGUUCUUACUGUGGCUGCAUGCAGACUGCAUAUUAGUUCUCUUUUGUUUUCCUAAUCUUAUCUCAAAUAUGUGUACAUUCAAGCGAAUCAAUCAAUUCCAUCUUGUAUUCCUCUGUCUCGCCAUCCAAUAGAUGUUGCCGUUUCCCAUCUA